ACGUGAUGUCAGCUGACUUGACAGCUGCAGCUCAGUCUGUGGGCUUGGUCAGAGUUGUUAGAGAGACGGAAUGAGACGCUUUCCAGCUCGGGUCAUGCGAGCACUGGAGGAAACUAAAGUUUGACAUCUCACUCAAAAAAGGAGACAUGUGGAUAAGCCUCACUCUCUCACUCGUGGCUGCCUUGGCGCUGGGCACAGAGGUCUCCGUCCCUCAGGAUGUGGGCUCACUGGAUCCAGCUGAAAAGCCAGCAGACGAGGCAGAUUUCAGCAAUGAUGAUUUAUCUUCCCUGUAUGGAAAUUCCAGACAUCAGAUCUUGUUGGCUCAGUAUGAAUGUUACCUGAAGAUGAUUCACGAGCCACUUCACACAGAUGAAGGCCCUUUCUGUAACCGUACGUGGGACGGUUGGAUGUGUUGGGACGACUCGGCGCCGGGGACUUCCAUGCAGAUGUGUCCUUCAUACUUUAUAGACUUUGACGCCAGAGAAACAGCUACCAAAAUUUGCAAUCCUGAUGGCCAGUGGUUCCACCAUCCAGCGAGUAAAAGAGUCUGGACUAACUACACACUGUGUUCUGCCUACAGUAAAGACAAACUCAAGUUUACACUCAGUCUCUAUUACCUGGCUAUGGCCGGUCAUGGUAUAUCCAUCAUUUCUUUAAUCAUCAGUUUGAUCAUCUUCUCCUAUUUAAAAAGUCUUAGCUGUCAGAGGAUCUCUCUCCACAAAAACAUGUUCAUCUCUUUCAUCUUCAACUCUGUGUUUACCAUGGGAUGGCUUUCAAUGACCUCCGGUGGUAGGCAAACCAUAAAUGCCAUCAACCCUGUCAGCUGCAAGAUUCUGGCUACUUUGGUUGCGUAUACGUCUACCUCCAACUACUUCUGGAUGCUGUGUGAGGGCAUCUAUCUCCACACGCUCAUCAUAGUGGCCGUCUUUGUGGGGGAACAGCAGCUGGUUUGGUACUAUGUCCUGGGAUGGGUUUUUCCCAUCUUUCCUGCCCUUAUAUAUGCUUUUGCUCGUGGAUUCUACUUUAAUGACACGUGUUGGAUCAGUUCAAACUCCCACCUUCUCUACAUCAUUCAUGGGCCCAUUCAUGCUGCACUCUUUGUAAACUUUUUCUUUCUCCUGAACGUCAUCCGAGUCCUCAUUACCAAGCUGAGGAAGACGCACUGCGCUGAGUCUACCACCUACAUGAAGGCGGUGAGAGCCACGCUCAUUCUGAUCCCUCUGCUAGGAGUCCAGUACAUCCUCAUGCCCUGGACACCACACGAAUUUGAUAACCAAGUCAUUUACUGCUUUGUGGCGAUCCUUUCCAACUUCCAGGGACUCCUUGUGUCAAUUAUUCUCUGUUUCUGCAAUGCAGAGGCCCAAACAGCGCUGUGCAGGAAGUGGGUUCAGUGGAAGAUCGCCUGGGGGAAAACGGGUUUGGGAGAAACUCAGUUCGUCAGCCAUCACUUCAGCUGUCACACUACCUCCUCCAUCGUGGAGACCAGCCGUGCCACUGGCAGCGCCGAGGUGCCCAUCGAGGUGCCCGUCGAGGUGCCUGCCGCGGCGCCGUCUCACCAACAGACGGAAACCUGUCACCUCAUGCCUGUGGGACAGGAUAAGGAUGCACAAACCAAGACCAGACCGCUGACUUCGGAAGCAGCAGAGAUGAUGGCUGUGGUGUCCAACAACUAAAGCACCCAACAUCUGAAAAAAAGAAACUAAAAACUCAUUUACAAAGUAAAUGGAAAGUGAUUGCUUUGUAUGUACAUAAAUGAUAUUGUAUGAACAAUCUGAUAUUUUUACACCAGUCAAGAACUUGUAGGAAGACAUUUGUUUAUCAUUGUGCCAUUGUAUUGUUUCUGUGCAUUUUAAUAGGCAGUGCAUCAUAUUUUUUUCCUUCUUGUUUUUAACUAAAGUUUCUUUUAUACUACACUUGAAAAUGCUACUACAAAAUUGUGCACUGUGGCCUUACGGAGCUUUUACACUGUCUGGCGUAUGUAUUUUGAACUAUUCACAUUUUCCUAUGUUACAACCCGAAUCCUCAGUGAAUUUUAUGUUACGGAUUAGCACAAAGUCGUCCAUAAUUGUGUAUAAAACACAUCAAACUGUGCAGUUGUAACAUGAGAAAAUGUGAAAAGGUUCAAGAGAAUACAAAAAUCCCAUUUUUAUCACAAGGUAUUUUGACUUCAAACAAUGCUCUGCUUUACUUUCAGUAACUGUAAAAAAAAAAAAAACAUGGAUGGCAACUUGGAAAUGUCCAGCUCUGACCCGUAA